GAGGAGGAGGAGGGUCAGGAUCAGGAUCAGGCUGGGGGGGGUGGUGGCGGGGAGCGCUCCGCGGCCGCCCCGCCCUCGCCGGCCCCGGGCGCCUGAUGGCCGCGCUCGCCGGGGUGUUCGUGUGGGACGGGCGGCGCAUCGAGGAGGAGGAGCUGCGCCGCUCUGCGCAGGAGAUGAAGCACAUGGAGAACCUGUCCAGCCUGGCCCAGGGCAGUGGCCCCAUGGAAUUCCAGCCCUCAGAUCGGGAGCAGCCCUGGGAGCUCAUCAUGGACAAGAAGCACUUCAGGCUGUGGCGGAGGCCGAUCCAGGGAUCCCACCUGUACCAGUACCGAGUGUUUGGAUCCUACACGGAUGUGACUCCCAGGCAGUUCUUCAACGUCCAGCUGGACACGGAAUAUCGGAAGAAAUGGGAUUCCCUGGUGAUCAAACUGGACGUGAUCGAGCGGGACGUGGCCACGGGCUCUGAGGUGAUUCACUGGGUCACCCACUUCCCGUAUCCCAUGUACUCCCGGGAUUACGUCUACGUCCGGCGCUACAACGUGGACAAGGAGAACAACCUGAUGGUGCUGGUGUCGAGAGCUGUGGAGCAUCCCAGCGUUCCUGAGGAUCCCGAGUACGUCCGGGUGAGGACCUACGAGUCCCAGAUGGUGAUCCGACCCCACAAAACCUUUGAUGAGAAUGGGUUCGAUUACCUGCUCACCUACAGCGACAACCCCCAGACCGUGUUCCCGCGGUACUGCGUCAGCUGGAUGGUCUCCAGUGGAAUGCCAGAUUUCCUGGAGAAGCUGCACUCAGCGGCCCUGAAGGCCAAGAAGAUGGAGCUGGAGGUCCGGGAUUACCUUUCCAAGGGCUCGGACACAGCCUCAGAGCCCUGUGGCCCUGCCCAGCUGGAAUACGCCUGAGGAGCUGGAAUUCUGGGAAUUGCCUUGGACAGGGACCCGUGCUGUGGGAUUUCAGCCCCGUUUUCCCUCCCCAGCCCAUUCCUGAUGCUCAAGGACAGGGAUUUGUUCCCCCUGCUGCGUGUCCAUGGUGGAAUCUGCAUCUCCUGGUUGAUGGUUCCUCAUCCCAACAAGAGAAAAACCAUGGAAUUCCCACUUCUUCUGGCAGUGGGUUCUCCCCACUCCUUGUCCCUGCUCAGACUGGAAUGUUUUCAGGAUGCAGUGGCACAGCAGGGAUUGGUGAUGGUGCUCUACGUCACCAUUUCCGGGGGGUUUUGCCCUCCAAAACAGCCCUUCGACCUCCUCAUCCCAUUGGGAUUACUGGGAUUGGGGGGUUGGAAUUACUAGAAAGAGGUGUUUGAACUGAUGAAACUGGGGAAAAAAGGCAGUUUUGGGGUUUUUUAGGGAUUGGGGGGCACCCUGAGCCCUGUCCCCAGUUUGGGGGUCUCCGUCGACCUUGGGAAUCUGGGAAAACAGCAGGAGCAGAAAACUACUUAAUAAACAUCUAGGAUCUUCAUUAGCUCCUAA